AGUUCCAAGACCAUAGAAGAGGGGCUGAGGUUUGCCCAUGCUGACGUUCGUCAUCCUCUAUCUUCACGUCUUUUCCAAAAGUCGAAGACCAGAACCAUCGAAAUGGCACAGCAGGGAGGCACGUAUCGCGUCCCGCCAGAGCAAAACUCGUCGGUCAAGGAGAGAUCCAGUUCCGAUACCCCAGCGCAAGGCCGAUGCGACGAGAAGAAGACAGGCGAAGAGGAGUGGGAGAUUGUCAAGAACCCUCAAGAUGAACAACCAGAGCGACAGGUUCGAGGCUUCCAUAGUAGCUUUGACCUGCGGCUUGGUUGGGGCAAAUGGAAGUUCAGUGCUCUGAGUUGGGAGAUGAAUGCUGGCCGGCAGGAGUGUGAUCAUCAUCAACGGCAGAAUACUGGCCGGGACUCGAUCGCAGAUGGAGAAAAGGCGGAGGAUGCUGGGAAGCGAUGAAAUUGGCCAUUAGAAGGUUGUCAGAUUCUAGAUUUUCACCCGAUUCCUCGAAGAUGGUUGGAAUGGAAGUUGGUUUACCUACUUUACUUACAUUACAUCGUCCGCCUAUGCCAUGUGCGAAGAUGCAGGGUCAUGUCAUUUGCAGAAGACAUCCUGGAAGGCGUAAACUCCGCGGGUACAAACGCGCGACCACUAUUGUUCUAAAGAAUCCAAAAAAACUAGGAAUAGAGAUAGACAAAGUCUUAAAGCAACAUAUUCACUCGCCGAGCCUCCGCU